UACGUGUGCGGCCAGCUUACUGGGCUCCGUUUCUUUCGUGUGGCUGCUGAAAACGGAAGCCAGCGCGGGCAUUCGAAAUGCGGCCGCCGCGCGAGUCGCGCGUGGCCGGCCCGUCGCCGUGUAUCAACGCCUCCUCGGUGGUGAAUGUGCGACGUCGAUGGACGCGAUAGGAUGGCUGCCGCGAUGGUCUCCGGUGCUCUGCUGGCAUUGUGCGUCGUCCUAGUCCGCUUGUGUGUGGCCGCUGGCAUCGAAGAGAACGCGUGCAAGGACAUAUGCGAUCUCAAGAUGGACGCCAUGGUGAAGUUAUUGGGAUGCAUGCGUCAUACAGCAAACGAUGGCGUAAGCCGCAUUAUUGCGAAAUUCCUGUCCAACGACGCGUUCCUCACGCGGGCUCUGUGCGGGGCCGGCUACAACAUCGACAGCCUUCUGCGAUUGUUUUUUGCGGAUGACUUCAUGGGCGAGCUGAAGACCGUCGAGCGAAAAUGCCAGAAAGAGUUGCUGUAGCAAUUCAUGGCUCAGCGCUGCUGCUUCCGUCGACUGACUGCAGUGUACGCCUGCAGAUCACGCAACUGUUAAGCGCGAGUUCGCUACCACGCACCUACGAUGCGCCGAACCGAGCAACGUGGCUGCUGGAGGCGUCAAACGAAAGUUCAUCGACUGUACUGCGGAUGGAAGGAAGGACACCGGUUUUUCUCUUUGAACAACACAUCUGUGCAACGACGUGCCACAUUUUGAAUUAACGUUUCGCCGAAGCGAAACGUUAAUUCUCGGUUUUAGCUUGAUGUAGUGAAACGAGGUUACGCAACGUAAACAGGGACAAGCUGUUAUUUAUUUUGCGGUAUACAUGCUUGCGUUGUGUGCUGUGUUGGACUGCUGCUUUGGUUUCUCAUCAAGGCAGCGUAAGCCUCGGUAUUAUGCUGAUGACAUGCAGGCCCUCCCGUAUCGACAUUUUUUUCUUUUUUUAUGUUUAUUUUGCACAAUGACAACCCUCGGGAAUACAGGCGUUCGCAAGAAAAGUACAGUAAGGAUUCGCGGGUAGUGAGAGAGAAUGAGAGAGAAAAGUAUAUUUAUUAAAUACCAGUAAAGUCGAAACCCUCAGUCCAGGGCCUCGUUGGCGUUACUCAGUGCUGCUCCGAGAAAUUCCGCCAGGUCGCAGACAGGUAGUGGUUUGAUCAACUCAGCUAGUCAGAGAAAGGCGCCAGCGGAGUACUUGCAAUUUGCUUCAUAGCUCGAUCUUCCCGUAGAGCGCUCAAAUACUAGGAACUGUAGGUAACAUUGGAAAGUGCGCCAUUGUUUUUUUACCUUUGUGUAUAUAUAUAUAUAUAUCACCCGCCGGGGUGGCUCAGUCAGCUAAGGCGUUGCGCUGCUGAGCACGAGAUCGCGUAAUCGAAUCCCGGCCGCGGCGGCCGCAUUGCGGUGGAGGCGAAAUGCAAAAACGCCCGUGUGCUUGCGUUGUAGUGCACGUUAAAGAAGCCCAGGUGGUCAAAAUUAAUCCGAAGCCCUCCACCACGGCGUGCCUCAUAAUCAUAACUGGUUUGGGCAGGUAAAACCCCUGAAAGAAGAAGUACAUAUAUAUCAUAUCAUAAGAAGCCAACAAACAUUGACACCAAAAACAACAUAGGGGAAAUUACUUGCACACACUAAUUGAAUUAAAGAAAUGAUAAAUUAAUGGAAAUGAAAGCGGAUGAAAAAACAACUGUCCGCAGGUGGGGAAUGAACCCACGCGUUUGUUGGCUUCUUAUGAUAUGAUAAAUAAAAAUCGGGCCCCUCCGUUCCCUUUCUUCUCGUUCAUAUAUAUAUAAGUAUACGAGCGAGGAAUUCUGUAGAAGAACUAGCAAAAGCUGGGCAAUUAACAAAUGCGCUGUGAGAAUAGGGCAUAGAGAGACGUGCUGUGCUUGGUUUUUGAUAACGUUAACGGAAAAUCCUCCACCCGUCUUCGUUGCUUUGACCGCACUGUACAUAGGAACUACUGUUUUAUCAAGCGACAUUUUGGUGCUCGAUCGGAAAGGCCGUAACAAUAUUUCAAUGCCUUCCGGUCCCAACUUAACGUCCUCCUGCACGGAGCGUGUUUCGUCACAGAACGAACCAAGCCGAGCAGUUACGCGGAGACUUUUCGCCGUUAAAACAAUGCUGCCUGGAAUUUAUUUCCUUUUUUUGCUCUCUACGGUCGCCAGGGUACAUAUUGAGAGAGAGAGAAGUGAGCUGCGAUCUACACCGCUCACAUGUACACGUAUAAUUUACUCAAUAAAGUAUCGUGUACAAAAGAAAAGCUAGAAAAAAAAAAAGUUGCAUACAAGAAGCAAGCUCCAUGUUGGCCUGGAUUCGAACCCAGGUUACCUGCCGGCGACUAUACUCUACCAUUGAACCAGUGACUCAGAUACAGAUGCUAUGGAGUUACACAUUGUUUUGUGCUCAGUAACAUUGCCCCACAUACGCAUUUCUGCAGCGACUUUGUUUCUAUGGAAAAGUUAUAUGUAAUAAAUGCAUUCUUAAUUGUU